AGGUACAAAAGAAGUUGCAUGUCCACGCAGGAGGUGUUUUUCCACGUACCCGCGUGUUUGGCUUUCUCUAGCUACUCCAGUCUCGUACCCAUAGUCCUUUGGCUCCAUGGUCAGCGGAUGGUCGCGAGGAAUAUGACGUAUCUCUCACGCGGUCCACGCGGUGCUAGAAAUCAACGAAACGAAACAAAACGAAUGUUUGUAGAAAAGGAUGUUAAAAAUUUGUCUUCUACAAACCGUAUACGCUACACAAACGACAUCUUUUUAUACAAUGGUCUGCUCGUAUUUCGUUUCUUUUAUAAGCUUUAAGUCGUGGCUAUACUCUUCACUGUUAUAUAACCCCAUUCAUGACACUCCCUAUAAAAGAGAAUUACAUUUUUUUUUUCAGCACGAUGUGGAUGAUAAUGAUUAUUAUACAAAUGGGGCAGGAUAUCACCAUAGUCAUAAAUAUGGAUUUGGACUUCUGGACUCAUGGCGCCUGGUCAACACUGCUAAGGUAUAGCGACAGUGCUAUUGAUGCACAUCUUAAUCUUGAUCAGCAGUAAUAGACAAAAUAGUGGGUAUGUGGCAGUUAAUGCAAAACAUAGGCUGGUCACAUUCGGUAAAUCUCUCUCAAAUUAUCCGUCUUGAUUAAAAUCCUAAACGGAAAACAACAGGGACGAGUCAAGAAGUGGAAAAUACGCCGUAUUUUGCCAACGGGCUCGGCCGGAGAUAAAUAUACCAGAGAUGUUAACGCCAGAUACUACGGCUCAGUGAUUCGCAGUCUAGGAUUUUGUUAACAGAAUAAUAGUAAGAACUACAUUAACUGUACAGCGUGAUAAACAUCACUAUAAGAAAGUGUCAUUCGAUUAGACGUAUUUGAACAUUUUUAGACUCGAGAGUUAGGGUGGGUAAUAUAAUGAGUAAUAUAAUGAACACAGGUCACUACAAUAUAAUGAGUAAUAUAGUGAACACUGGUUACUACAAUAUAAUGAGUAAUAUAGUGAACACUGGUCACUACAAUAUAAUGAGUAAUAUAGUGAACACUGGUUACUACAAGCAAAUUCUUCUAACGAGCUUUCUUUUGAAGGGUCACUUUUUAUCUGUAGACUAGAACCGCUCUAUACAGCAUAUUUUAAUUUGAAAAACCAACCAACCAACAAACAAACAUUUACACCAAGGUGAACAAUACUGCGUAGUGGUUUUUAUCUGAGUUGCCACACCGUCCAUGAAAAAAAAGUAGAAGAAAAAAAUAACUGAAUUGCAUUCCAAAAAUGAACGUUUGUCUGUAGUAGUGCUAUGAUGAAAAAUUGUUUACAUGUUGUCUAUAGGUAUGGGAAGCAGUUCCAUGGAUGACAUCUUGGUCAACCCCUAUCAUUCAUGUAGGGAAACAAAUUCCACCAUCAAGCAAUCAACUCAUAGAAAAAUAUUACGGUAUGUACAGGAAUAUACUGGACAAUUAUUGAAUGUGGCUGCGUAUCAUCUGAAGAAUUACGAAGAUCUAGGAGGGUGUUAUCUGCCGAGGCCGUGUCAUUAAAAAUAAUUCCUAGUUUAAAAACAAGCUAAAAAAAUGCUUUUCUCCAUCGAUGUUAAGUUCUUCUUCGAUAGUGCAUGUUUAUCGGCAAGUUUAGCGGAUAAAGUGUUGUUCAGUUCUGCAAAUAUUCCCCAGAUAGUAAAUGUCGUCCGUUGGGUUGUCAUCUUGCCGUUCUUGCUAUGUUUUUCUUCUCAGUUAGCCAAUAGUUCGCCUAUUUCUUCCUCGUGAAGCGAGUGAAAUGUUCCGCCAUUUUGGACUCUCAACUUCGUCCCCAGGUCUUCUCGGUUAACUGCUCAAUAAUCUGGCGGUUUUUGCUGCAAUUUUUGACGUCAUUUUUCACAUAUCACAAUAUUUUCAAAUUAGAAACGGCGAGAUACUUUUAAUGAAUAAUAAUAGCGCGUUCCUUCAUCACUCUUGGAUAAUCCGACAGAGCUGUUCAUGAGUCCUCGCAAUGGAACUAAGCGUCCAACCCGUCAAAAAGCAGAAACGGGCUCGAUUCCCCUGAAAACUUUGAGGUAUCCGUGCCCCCCUUUGCUUGUAAUCAUAUAAUCAGAAUCGAUAUGGAUCGCAAGUUGAACAGUCGAUAAAAAAUGGCUGUGGUUGAUUUUCCGAACGAAAAUACUGUGAUGAUGAAAACCCAGGCUUAUUUUCGUACCGUAACCCCUUUAAUGCUAAUUUUGUUUAUUUGCAGUUUCGAAAGACAAGGUUACAGAAGUGGUAACUUUAGAACACGUAACAGUUACAGUAAGUAUAAUGACUUAUUUAUAUAGAGAGAUUUAGAGUAACGCUUACGGCAAACGGCAAACGUGAAUUUGUACCACGUGACCAAGUUUUCUCUUUACAUGUCUUUUACUGUUCUUUUCUCCUGCAAAAAGAAAGUAGUUUCACUUUAUCUUAAUCCAUAAGAGUUGUUUCACACUAUUUUUAUCCGCUCAUUUUUUAUUUUGAGACAUUCUCAACUUGAGUCUGCAGUUUGCCGUUUGCCGUUUCGUGAAAUAUGGUCAUGGCUGACCACAUGUAUGGUGUUAAUUAUUAUUAUUGGUUGUCAACAAUACCUUGAUCGCUUCACCUGGAGACACGACUCAAUCCUUAACUUCAUCGCCAAGUCACUUCAACCCGUAAUUAAUGUACACUCUUCACUCUCUGCCAAUGGUAAUGGUUUUCUCAAUCCCUCAGUAAUUACUGGUGAAAAUUAUCGUCCAGAUCUUCUUUUCCUAAUCCAGUCCAAGUGCCUAUAUGUUCUAGAAUGGACAGUUGGUCUCGAGUCUAACCUUAAUAACAAUGCAGUGCGUGAAAAAGAAAAAUAUCUGAAUCUGAUCAAAGAAAUUAGUAGAAAUUACAAAUGUGUGAAAUUUGUAAACCUAUCCAUGGAGCUCCCUUGGCGUUUUCUCCCACAAAUGCCCCGCGUUCUUGCACAUGAUGAAUGACAUUGGCAUUGACAAAAAGCAGCAACAUUAUAUAAUAAAAAAUGAUGGCUAAAUAGCUCUUUUACUUAUAUUCCAUUGUUGUCCUUUCUCUGCAUGCUUUACUUCAUUCUUUUACAUUUUCAAACAUUUUAUAAGUUCUUAACGUAUUUUUACACCUUACACAUAUAUGUGCUAAUUCUCUUAACUUCUUACUUACUUGAAAAUGACCGAAGAUCGGCCGAAAUGUUGUUUUUACUCCGUGAUUUUUACUGUGGUAAGUUUUAAAAAGCCCUUACUUAUAAGAUUACAUCUUUUGUUGUAAAAACAGGAAUUGGGGCCCAGACUUAAUGCAAUUUUGAUUUUUUUUUUUGAAAUAAUUCAAUCUCAAGCAGCCGAUUGUAAAUUGCCUAUACGUAGCGAGAUUUACAGUUGUACAUUUAAAAACACAAAUAAAGUUUCCAUUAUUAUUAUUAUUAUUAUUAUUAUUAUUAUUAUUAUUAUUUAUUGUAAAUUGCCUAUACGUAGCGAGAUUUACAGUUGUACAUUUAAAAACACAAAUAAAGUUUCCAUUAUUAUUAUUAUUAUUAUUAUUAUUAUUAUUAUUAUUAUUAUUAUUAUUAUUAUUAUUAUUAUUAUUAUUUUCGCUAAUUCUAGUCAUGAUAGUCAUGUAAAUAAAGCUCGUUUUUGUUGAGUUAAUCUCUUGUUUCAUUUUUUAAGGUGAACCUACAGCACCAUCAUCGUGGUAAUUUAAUGGUUAGUUUAGUGUCUGCUGAAGGAACAACGUCCAAACUGGCAACAGCCCGGCAACUCGACAGGUGAAUCACACUUCCUAUGUUACAGCAGUUUUGAAUUGUGUAUUGAGCUUUCCUACGCUACGUAAUUGAUUGACAAUUCUCAUGUCACUCUCCCGACCAAUCAGAAGUGAAACCACAACAAUUUACACCCUUUUUUUUUUGCAACUUCCUCGCUAGGAUUUUGCUGUUCAAGCGACGGCCGCCUGAAUUUGUUUCAGUUUUAAUUGACUUCUUGUUCAUUCUUCUGUUUUUUGCCUUAGCCAGAGUUUUAUUUUUGUUUUUGGUUCGGCGGCUCCGACUGGGUGUCGUGACAACCGCUUCUAACCCGCUUGGUUAAGAAGUGAGUUGAGAAUGCGCUCAAAGGACGCGCAAGACGUGAAUGAAAAGCUUUGCGGGUGUUUGAAAGCCACUCUCUCCUUUGUCUGUCUUCCAGUUUCCAACAACAAACUCGUGUGGUGGUGCCUUACGAUUGAUUAUUCAUCAACAAACUUGAAAAUUUGUAGAAUAUACUAUACACUGUAAAGUGGAGCAGGCUUGUACAGUUUAGGCUGGGUAGUUUCCCGGGUUAAAACAUUUUUAGUUCCGAUAAGCUCGUAAAAUGCUGUAAUUUCCAGGUGUAGAGCCCCAUUUUGUGUUUUUUGAGAAUAAAAUACCUUCCAUGGCCCCAAGUUAUCUUGAUAUUUUAAAUUUGCGACCAACGAAAAAGUCGAACAAAACAAACGUGUGCAUUUUCCUCUGUCUGUUACUGUUUCCUUCCCUUCACUAAUUACCUGCGCAGAUCAUCAGACGGCUUUGUGGACUGGACAUUUUCUACUGUACGAUGCUGGGGAGAAAAGCCACAAGGAAAGUGGCAGCUCAUAGUUGUCGACAAUGGUAUGCAAUUGAUUCGCUUUCUUGUAGUGCAACAUUACACUUACUCAUUUUCUUUCCUGUUCACUCUAAUGGUUUUUAUUUUCGACGAAUAUUAUGGUCAUCCAGCUAUUUUCAUUUUGAUUGGCGUGUUAAAAAGCUAUUAAGUCCAAAAUGAACUAAUCUAUAUAGGAAAAAAUCUUGCGUCAAAAACAUAUGGAACAGGGGGAAAUAAAACUCAAAAUGCGUGUAAGGUUUAUUCUAUGUUAAUUUUUCUCAUUACAGGGUUUGAUGAUAGCCGAGGAUACUUAAAAGAUUGGAAGCUAACGUUUUAUGGAUCGUCCAUGACUCCUGAAAAAAUUCACAAGAAACAGAGGUGUGACACAACAAAACUAUGUUUGUUAUUUGUAAACUAGUUCUUAAUUGUAGUGCUUUUUAUUAUUUACGUUUUUUAAACCUCGUAACUCAGUGUUGUGUUAUUUGAUAGCACAGCUACUUUUUAUGUGAGGCAGCCAUUUAUUACACUAACAAGGACUAGCUAAUACGGACCGGGGGAACUGGAGAAGAGGGGAGAAUUCAAACGGCAGUUAUUAACUCAGUCAAAACUCUUAGACUGCGAGCAGUCUCUUAUUUUUCUUUGCAAAGUUACUGCAGGCGAAACCUAAGCACGCGAGCGGCAAAGCGGCGAGCCGCGAGAAACAAGGGCGUAAGCCCUAGAAGAAAAACUCUCAGCUGCUUUUUCUUUCGUUUCAUGGGAUUUUGUUCAACUCUGAAAGCCGAAGUAGGAACAUAAAAUAAUUUUUCAGAAUAUAUUUUCAUCUCUCUCCAGUGACUGAGUUUUCUUCUUUUUAUAAUUUUUCAAUACUCCGAAACAAGAUAACACUUUCAAAAAACAUGAAAAAUUCCACACACAAAAAAAAUUCAACAACAUCGUUGCAGAGCGGCGACUUCAACUUUGAAGAAUGAUGAUAACAGCCUCUUCUUUUGUACAUUGCCGCAGUCAAAGUAGAAAAUAAAUGGUGGGCCAGUUUUCUCUCGGCUUGUUCCUCUUUCCAUUCUUGAUGAGCUUGUUUUCGUGUUUAGUCUGGCUCACUCUUUCUUGCAGUCUUGCCGAGCUUGUUUUUGUAACGAACGUGCUCGGCUAUCUGACUGAAAUGAGGAACGUAGAGUGUACAAACUGAUUAAUAAACGUGGUGCUAUGUUUCCAGACUUGUUGAAGAAGCGGCGAGUGGCAAGUACCUCCAUAGUGAUGACACACCACCGUGCCCUCACAGACCCCCACUCUACACCCCUCAGGACGUGGUUUCCGAGAGGACCCUCAAGGUGUGUCUUAUUUUCAUUUUAUUUCUAAGCGGCAAAUACUGCAGAUUUCCAGCAUAACAACGACGUCAGUUAAGGGCUAAAUUAAAAAUAAGUCAUUUUUGCUUUUGCUAAAUACCCUAGUGUGAAUCAUUGUAAACUUUCGUGAUUUUUUAACAAGUCAAGUGAAAGAAGGCCGAUCUCACUGGGAAAUUGAUUGGAACGGCCACCGCAAAAGGGAUAAAGCAGCUGAAGUUUGUAGCUCUGACCCUGAGUCAGGGUGUCGUUUAUAUAAUAGAGCACUUUCACACGACGUCACGUCAGUAAAUUGGUUUUGUUAUGUAAGCUCUUACAUGUAAAUGAACUACGUUAUUGAUAGAAAAAUUAUUGUAAUUUGGCAAAACGAGUAUACAGGAACACAAAAUUCGUUCUCGUUCUUUUUUCAAUGUUUUUUCUUCAUUUCUUUUUUUAUAAUGUGUGCUUUACGAAUCAUCAAACGAAAAAAGUUAUUUUCCCACACAGUGACUAUGAUUCCUAAUAAUUUUGCUAAUGCGUUGUAUUUUAGGUUCUGCUUCUGUUUGGAGGCUUCUGUUUUCUUGUGUCCAUCUACUUCACUGUUGACGUAAUGUUUGAUAGCGACGCUGGCGAUGAGAAAAGUCCCGAUCCGACGAGCGCAGAACCACAAGAGGGGACCCCUCUGUUGUCUAAUAAACUGGCAGAAGAGGAUCAGAUUCGACUAAGGUUAGCAUGAAAUAUUCUUGCUUUCUAAGCAAAUUUCAUUUCACACAUCAUAGGAACAUCUCAUGGGAGUGGUUUCUUUAUGUUAGGACUCGGAAACCCGAGAUAAUCAUAUCGGAGCUGUCACAGUCGCUCCCUUCGUUUCAAUGGUUAUAGAUAUUAAACAAACAAUACAAAAUGUUGGGUAAAGGAAAAUAAAAAGUGGAAGAAAUACUUACAUUUAUAACCCUUUUGUUACCUUUUUCUCUAAUAGUCUACUUUAGAUGUAUCUCUGCACCAAUGACCGUUACAUUGCUGGUAUUUUUCGUUGCUAAUCAAGUUGGGGGUUGUCACUUUUGUUAGAGGGGGAUGUCAGAAAAUUCUGUAUGAUGUGGUAAGGAUAUGAAAAAAUAAUUCCCAUUUUGAAAAUUGUCCUAUGUUCCCCUUUCAGUAUACAUAAUAAAUGCAGCCUAAGAUUUUUCUAUUCUUGUUUAUUUAGCCACAUCCUAGAGAGAGGCGCUAAGAAAGGAACAACCAACGAAAACCGCACAAAGGAAUCUGCGCAUUGUUCCACUCCGAGCAAGCACGCUCCUUCCCCGGUGGACGAAAAAAAGCGGGUUGAAGAAUUCGAGAAAAGGCUUCGAUACGCGAUGGAGCAAAGCUUAUACUUACAAGCACAACAUUUAAGCGCGCUGGACAAGUUUGAGAAAGAUCUUAAACAGGCUAAAGAGGAGAGCUUACUCUCUCAUGUACUUCACAAGAGUCGCUUGAAAGAACCCACCAGCGAAAAGAGCAAAAAACCACUAAAAGGAAUUCUUAAAAAGUCCAAAAGGUAA